AUGGGGAAGAAACAAAAAUCCCAGCCCAAGGCUGCUGUGCCCGCAGGCGAGGAAAAUAAUGCAGGCAGCGCACUGGCUGCCAAUGGCUCAGUACUCCCUUUCUUGGCCGGCGGCGGGGAUACUACGGCAGCCAUGGAUCCGAUGCUUGCAUCGUUAUUUGAGAAGAGUGCUGGACCUGUGAAAGCUCCGCAAUUCACUAGUGCUAAUCUGGCGGCGACGUCAAAGCCCAAGGGGAGGACCAGCGAACGAAAUGCCAUGCAAUCUUCCUCAUCUGAUGAGGACGAGGCGGCCGAGGAAGCUCUAUCGGAGAGCAGUGAUGAGGUGAUGGAGGAUGUUGAUGAUGAAUCAUUGACUCCGGAAAAGGGACGGAAAAGAAAACGAGGCGGCGCAGAUGACUUAGAGGAAUCCUACAUGCGGCGCGUGGCGAAAGAGGAUGCCAAGGAGGACGAGAAACGACGAAGCGAGAAGGCAAAGCGGCGGAAAGUUGUUGAAACCGUCGGGAGGGAGAGCGACUCUUCAGACUCCGAAGGCAACGACGAGGGCAACGAAGACAGCAUAGCCAGCCCUCCUCCCUUACACGAAUCCCUUUCCAACAACCCCGACGCCGCCCUCCUCGACAAAUCCGCCCGCACCGUCUUCCUCUCCAACGUCUCCACAGAAGCCAUCAAAUCCAAAUCCGCAAAGAAAACCCUCCUCAGACACCUCUCUUCCUUCAUCCCUUCCCUCCCCGAAUCUGCCACUCCCCAUAAAAUCGAAUCAAUCCGCUUCCGCUCUACCGCCUUCGCCACCCGAUCAAUGCCCAAACGCGCUGCAUUACCCCAAGCGCGAGCUCAUGGACUCCACCACCCGCAGCACAAACGCAUACCGCUGCAUCUUCCUAGGCUUCGUCGACGAGGCUUCGUCGACGAGGAAACACCCAACGCGGAGCAACAACAAACAACACAACAACAGGAGGAGGAGAAGAAGAAGAAGAAGAAGAAGAAUACCCCCCGCGCCGACGUGGAGGAGGGCCUCUGGCGCACGUUCAACGAGCAUGCGCGCGCCAGCACCGUCGCCGCGCAGCCAUCCACGUCCACGCCCGCGCCUUCCAAUAACAAUGGCGACAGGAGCAAUAAUACCAGCCCAGCGGUCCUAGGCCCCGUCGAAUCCGUGCGCGUCGUGCGCGACCCAGCCACACGUAUCGGCAAGGGGAUCGCCUACGUCCAAUUCCGCGACGAGAAUGCCGUGGAGGCCGCGCUGUUGCUGGACGGGCAGAAAUUCCCACCGCUGCUGCCGCGCAGACUGCGCGUCACGCGCGCGAAGCGGGUGCUGAAGAGCGCCAAGGAUAGGGGGCGUGGCAAUGGUAGGAAGCGGGACAGCGGGAAUGCGAACAAGACUGCGCUGGGCGUGCGCAGGGGCGGGGAUCGGCAGGCGAGCUUCCAGGGCCGUGCGGAGGGGCUGUUGGGGAAGGCUAGGACGUGGAUGGCGCAGAACCCGGGCUCCAAUGGUCAUGGUGGCGGUGGCGGUGGCGGUGGUGGUGGUGGUGGUGGUGGUGGUGGUGGUGAUGGUGAUGGUGGGAAGGGGUCUGGCGCGUUUGUCUUUGAGGGUUUCCGGGCGAGGCCGGAUAAGGGGCCGGGUGGGUUUAAGGUGAAGACUAAGAGUCGUGGAGCCAAGGGGCGGGCUGGGAAGCCCAAGACGAGGAGUACCCGGCGUGCGGCGGCGUUUAGGGCUGGUGGGGGGGUGAAGAAGAAGGGGGAAGCGAAGGGGAGUUAG